UUUCCGUUUUCGCGCAUGCGUCUUUAAGCACCCAAUUUGGUGAGUUCAUCGAAUAAGCAUUGAGUGCUGAAUUCAAGAUUACCAUUCGGCUUGCGAGCAAACUUCAGACCGAAAGGAGAUCUCAAAUCGCAGAGUAAUCGAAACAAAAACCACAGAGAGCGAACGUAACAGAUUGGAAAUGUGGCUAUUUGUCAAAGCAGUAAAAAGAUGCUGCAAGAAGAGACCAUUUACAUUCCAUGGAGAUCUAUUUUUCAAGAAGGGAAAUUCACUUCAAGAUGGAAGUUGGUAUAGAAGAAUAUAAAAUGCCAUCUGUGGCACCAUAUGAGAAUAUCUAUAAUUUUUCAUAAAAUUCUAUCCAUUUGUGCCAAAUAAUUUUCAAAGUUAAGCAUCCGAUCUCAAUCAAAGAGCCGAAACAGUAAAGAACAUUUAAAAUUCAGUGAGAUGAGUAUAGAAAUAUGAGCGUCACAUAGCAAAUAUAAAUUAGAAGUAGAAAAUAAAAUCUUUGAUGGUAACACAGCUAUUGUUAAUCUGCUAAAUUUUUUUAUCUAAUAAAAUAUUUUCUUAAAACAAAAGUACAGUAUUGGUGCUUUGUAUUUUUCUUAGAAACAAGUAAUUCAUUGGGUAUUUAAAUCUUCAAAUCAACUACAUCUAUAAUAUGUAUAAAAGAGAAUAACUAAAAAUCCUGAAGAGAUCAGUCACAAACACCUUGGGUUCAAACGAAUAUAUACCCUUACAUUUGCUGUGCAAAUGUGACUGCACGGCAUAAACCGCAUAUUACGCUUGACUGACUUAAUUCUUACUCAGUUUAGGACAAUAAACGAGUUCGAUGUCUUCCUUAUGUUUCAUCUGCGAACUCCCUAUACUAAGCCACCAGACAAACGGUCUGUGGCCUCCAGCUUCUCCAAGCGAAGAAGCUUUAGAAGAUGGACUUGCUAUUUCGGUGCCCGAUACUACUGUAGCAGGCUCCACAUAUCACGAAGACUGCCUAGUUUGCAAUACUUGUGGUUUACGUCUCGCAGGCUCCAACAUUCAACGAGCAAGACGGUAUCAAAAUAAAAUAUACUGUUCUCUUCAUUAUGCCGAUGUCUCAGGGCUAAGUAGUGGUGAUGAGUUUAUGCAGAAAUUAAGGGAUUAUAAAAGACAGAGUCUGGGUUGUGCUGAAGCUCGGAGAAAAAGUUCAACUACUCUGCAGUUUCCCAUUCCUGUCCAAGCUUGCCCUGGCAGUGGAUCUUGCGAAGGUUUCCCGCAUACCAUAAAAGUUAUUCCGGGUUAUUGGAUUGAAUGUAGUGGCAGUAAUACAACAAAUGACUCACUUAGCGUUAAUUAUACAGCACAAGAUUUAGAGAAGAAAUUUGAACUGAUAUCUGUUGAAGAAGAAACUUAUGAGAAAUAUUUUUAUGGAACUGAACACUGGAACUAUUUCACAAAUGACGAAGCUCUUGGGCCUGUUAUUCUUAGUAUAAAACAAGAAAACGUGUACAACAGAGACCAGUUUAGUUCCUGUGCCAAACUGGAAUCGGUGCCAGAGGCAGGGAACGGUAGUACCACAUCAAACGGCGACAAUCAAUUAAACAACCGCAGUGGACGACCCGAGGCAGACCUGAGAGUUAUGUUACGAACAGUGAGUUACUGCCUUCAUGGUCUCGUGCCGGCCUCUUGUAUCUGUGCCGAUCGAUAUGAUAGAGAAGCGGUGGUUAAAGCUCUUGGAGAUGAAGCAGGUCUCAAACCAACUCUGGUCUUGGGUCAGUUGUCUUCCACACCAGACGAACUUAUAAAGUUGGACCAGGUAUUCAUCAAAACUGAACUCAAAGUUGGCAUCAUUCUUGUCAAGGAAGGCCAAUGUACGGAAGAACAAAUUCUGGACAAUCGAACACAUACGCCUCUUUUUGAAGAAUUUCUUUCCAUCUUAGGAGAUAAAAUCCGUUUGAAAGGUUUUGACAAAUAUAAAGGCGGCUUAGAUUCCGUGCACGAUCUAACCGGAACAGAAUCUGUGUAUACAGCAUGGAGAGGUAUUGAAAUUAUGUUCCAUGUUUCGACUCUCCUGCCUCACGAAGAACACGAUCCGCAGAAGCUCCAGAAGAAGAGACAUAUAGGAAACGACAUCGUAUGCGUCGCUUUUUUAGAAGCUGAUGAUACUCUUUUCUCUCCUACGUGUAUUAAAUCCCAUUUCCUUCACACUUUCAUUGUCGUCCGUUCUAGUCCAAUAAAUAAAAGUACGCCUACGUCCUAUGAGGUUUCUGUUGUGUCCAGAGAUGAAGUAGGAGCUUAUAAACCUUACCUGUGGCAUCGAUCCAGAUUCAUAAAAGAAUCUCUCUUUCGAGAAUGGCUGUUAACAAAAAUUGUGAACGGAGAAAGGGCUAGCUAUUCAGCUCCGAAAUUUGCAAGGAUGCAAGACAGAACCAGGAGCCAAAUGCUUGAAGACAUAGUUACAAAUCUGCAAAACCACGUAGAAACUGGCCAAAUUCCAAAACCAUACAGACGGGGAUCAUGGCGUCCAAUUGGGCACAUGCGUCCCUCUAGCCCGUUAUUAGAUAGCGUCCGAGACACAUUCGAAGGUUUUGAACAGCUAGCUCGAGAUUUCGGGAGAGCUUUUCAAAACAACAGACAUCUCUGCGACGUCAUCUUUAACGUCGGCCAAGGAAAAGAAAAAACCAGGGUUUAUGCUGUAAGAGCCAUUUUGGGUGUGCGAAGCAGGGUUUUCCUUGAAAUGCUGUAUGGUUUCACAACAGGAUAUGGGCCGUGUUUGGUUGCACAAGCUUCAGAAUCGCAAAGGAAAGACAGCCUAGGAGGUUCUGUGAAAUCUAGUAACUUUUUACAGGUCCCUGAUCCACAUGACUCUGUGAGGCCCAAGAAUCCAACCUCCAGCCCUGCCGUCAUCCGCUAUUUCUCUCGCCUUGGUAAUUGGGCCGGAUGGGGCAUGGGGAGUCGUUCCAAAAGUCCUCUGGGUGUUGAAGCUGGUCUCAAACGUUGGCAGAGUGAGUUCGAUUGCAAAGAAAAAGAAAAAGAAAGACGACAAUCUGCAGCUGCAGCUGAAGUUACCCUCAGCAUGUGUGCAGAUGCCGGAAAAGUGGACCGAGCUAAAUUAAGUCAAACAGAGUUCAACAUUAUUGAAUUCGAUAGUGACACGUUUAUGAUUCUCAUGGAGUAUCUCCAAAGUGGUUCUUGCCCACUUACGUGUGAAACAAUUCCGGGUCUUAUCUGUGCAGCUGAACAUUACGAUCUUCCAGAGCUUCUACAGGCAUGUUUCCAUCAUGCCAAACAGCAUUUUCGAUUGUCCGUGGUCUGUACGAUGUUGAAUAUGCUGGAAAAUUACUACUGGAGGUACAACUCCGCUUCGGAAUUGGUAAACGCAAUUCUUCAGUAUAUAGAUACCCGAGCAGCUCAGUUGUUCAGUCGAAAAGAAUUCUUAGACCUUUCUGAAUCAAUGUUCCAAAUGAUAUUAGGUAGAGAACUGAAUAUUUCUGAAGUUUCUAAAUUCCAGGUUAUGUUACAAUGGGCUAAUAACAAAAUCGAAUCAUCGAGUAAAGUAGAUCCCAGGGAGCUGAAUUGUACUAUGAACAGAUUAACAAGAGAUUUGAAGCUAUACAAAAUCCCUCCACAAGAGUUAAUCAGGGUGAUUUUACCUACAAAGACAAUCAGUAAUGAACGCAUUUUAGAGACGCUUUUAUAUCAAGCUGACUCUGGAAUGUAUCGUAUUCAACAGUCAUUCUUGGAGGAAUGCCGAGCCAGUGCAUCUGAUGAAAGCACUGGCUACAAUUCAUGGGAACUUCUAGAGACCAAAAUAACCUAUGACGAAUAACAAUAUCAGAGAAGUAUUUAACAAGGAUUUCUCUUUUAAAUGCACUCAUAGGUCAAUCAUUUAAGAACCUCUUCAUGAAAUGAAGUUCAAUAUGGUUUUCGUGCAAGGAUCCUAGUGAUAAAUUAAUCUAAAUUAAACGUUAUUAUUAUUCAUAAAAUGUAAUCUAAUUAGAUGCAUGUUUAUACUUCCAUCCCAAUUUUUAUAUGCUGCAAACAAAUAUAAUAUAAAUGUAAAGCCUUAAAACUGAUUCUGGUAUGCAUUUCACAGCAUUUUUUAAUCUGGGUCUUAAAAGGAUAUCAGAUUUUUCCACAUGAAUAGUAAAUGUUACUUUUCCAUUCUUUUCUUCUCCCUUUCCUUCUUUUUUAAUGACAGAAAAAAUUCAGUAAAAAUUUACAUCAGUAGCACUUUCUUUAUCAAAAAUCGACUAAAAUCAGCAACCAUUUCAUUUAUAAUAAAUUUACCUAAAUAUUACAGACAAACAAAGUAAUUAAAAAAAUAUUAUACUUAAGGAAUCACAAACCUGAACAUUAAGAAUAAACAGUACAACAAUAUGAAUUAUAAAACAAAUGUAUCUCAAAAACAUUUAACUAAAGCAGUACCUUAGAGUUAAAACAUUUUUAACAAAAAGGUUGCAGCUGAUACUAAUGCAGCUGAUGUUCAGGUUUCAUAAUAUUUUCUCAACUACUUAAUAUUCAAACAAAAAUGAUUCUUUGCUGGAAUGAAAAACCCAGAUGAACAGUGGUGAUUAAUGAUGAGUAGUAAGAAAAGGCUGACAGAAUGAUCAGUAGACGCCUAUUUUCAUUACACAUUCUAAAAUUGUUAUUUUUAUAAAUACUACUGAUUAAUAGCUUCUUCAAGAUAUCAGAAUUUUGUACCACAGGUGCUUCAGUAUACAAUGUCUCUAACGCACAGAGAAACAAAUUAUGCAUUUUUCAUGUAAUGAAAAUAAAAAAAGAGAGAGAGAAACAGAGAUUUUUCAAAGGGUAAAAAACGUCUGCAAGAUGUAAGAAAACCAGUGAAAAAGCACCAAGUUGGUGUUGGUGUUUAAUGCCAAAUAUAAACAGUAAUUAGAAACUUCCUUGAGGAAAAUAAUAAUAUUAGUUGCCUUAAACUCAUGUAUGAAUGCAAAAUUCCAUCUUAAAAUACCACAACUAUUUUUCUUUAGGGGGUGAUAAGGAAAACAUUUAAAAUAUUAAAAAACUUCAGCUACAUUCCAGAGUUAUGUAAACAUAGUUUUAAUUCAUCACUUUAAUAGUAACGUUAGAAAUGUGUCACUAAGCAUUAUACAGUUCAAUCCAAAAUAAUAAAAUAGGACUUUUUGAAACACAUAUGUGCAAUAUUUGUGUGAAUUAUAUACACAAAAUAAAAGUAUUAUAAUGUUGAAACUUUAAAAAUAUAUUUAAUUAUUCAAAAGCAAUUGAAAAGACCCUUAUAAAACUCAAUACCUUUAAAAAUGUACUGAUUCUUUCACAUUCAGUAUACAGUACAAGUCCAUAAUCCGGAUUCGUCGGGACUUCGGCGAUUCCGCAUUAAGGUUUUUCGGAUUAUAGAUCAUCAAUUUAAAUCUGGUAAGAUGGCAUGCAGAAAUUAUACAAUUAAAAAUAUGAAAC